CUGCUGUACUGGAAGUUGUCUCUGCCUAUAGCAGGGGGGUUGGAACUAGGUGAUCUUUAAGGUCCCUUCAACACAAACCAUUAUAUGAAGUCUAAAAGCCAAAGCUGUUGUUUGCAUAAGGAACACCUGAGCACUCUCUUUUGCUUAAAGUUUACAUCAGUUGAAGAAGUGACAGGAUAAGUUUGUAGAAGAGGGGCCUUUUGAAUUUUGCUAAACCACAUAGAAAUUACUGGAAAUAACCCGAAAAUGGUGGGAGGCCAAGAGAUUGUUGAGAAGGGUGUAUCUUGCAUGCUGAUAUACCUUAGCACUGGUGUUGGUGGCUGAACUUGCAGAUGAAAGUGGUGACUGGUAUAAAAGUGACUGUUUAUCCUAUUUUUCAGUAAGAAUCUGAGAGAAAGUUACUCUGGGAAUAACAGGUUUGGAACAAGUGCCCUUGAGCAUCUUAAUCAAGUGAAAAAGCACUGAAGGAAAAAUGUUCAAAAAAAAAAGAAAUGCAAUGUCUAAUGGUUUUGUUUUCAUGCUGCCUUCCCAGGAAUCUCAUGAUCACGUUCUGUUGGAUAUUCUUGUCACUGGAGAGCAGAUGAAUCACUAUUGGGCUGCAGCUGAAACUGCUCAAAGUGAACUUGCAGCACUUUCAGUGAAGUAUGGUUGUGCCCAGUCAGAGCUUCUUAAACUCAGGUCCAGAAUGGUCUCUAAAGAAGCCUCUUUUCAAGAGCUGAAGUCUGAAGCUGAAAGCUACAAGGAAAACAAUGCUAGACAGAUGUCUCGCCUCCUGUCUUUGCAAGCCCGAAUUCAGGAGAUGGAAGAAGAAGUGUAUGUGCUUGCCAGUUCUAAAAACCAGUCUGAGCUGAAAGCUCAGGUGGCAUUAAAGGAAAACUUGGAGCUGAAGGAGGAGCUUCAUGAGCAAAAUGCCAAACUUAAUAAAUAUUUGAAAGAGUGUGAAGAAAGCAUGACUCAAACUUCUAAAAUCAGCAGAAAGUAUGAAGAGCUUCUUACAGAGCUUUCUGGAUUAUUGGACACAGACAUUAAAGAAAAAGAGAAACCACAGGAACAUUUAAUGUCAAAGGUCUCUGAAAUAUGUAAAGAAAAUCUGACCCUAAAAGACCAGGUUGCUUCUCUUCAAGAAGCUAUCAACAUCCAUGAGAUGGAGUCCAAAGCUAGUAGAGAAACUAUCAUGAGGCUUGCUUCAGAAGUGACUAAGGAACAGAAAAAGGCAGCAGUAUGCUAUCAAGACAUGGAAAAACUUAGUAAGGAUCUUGACAGUGCUAUAACAGGGAGACAGAGUUUGGAGAUGGAGAUCAGAAACCUCCAAGAUAAACUGACUGCUAACCAGAAAGCUUUAGAUGCCUCAAAGUGGGAAUUGCACAAUCUGAAGAAAUCUUCUAAUGAGCUGGAUGGAAUCUUGAAGAGCAGCAGAGAAGAGGCCAGGACUGCUCAGAGCUCUUUGAUGUCUUUUAAAGAGCAAAUUGCUACCCUACUCAGUGGUGGAUCUGCAGCAGUUAAACCUUCAGAGAAGUCCAUUUUGGAGAGGAUCCAAGAAAUAAAUUGCAAAGAGGAGAGCAAAGAAAUAGUGGUAUCUCAGCUUGAAACCCAAAUAGCUAAAUUGACUGAAGCUCUGGAAAAUCAAACCAGAUUGUACCAAGAAGCUAUGGAGCAGAGCCGGAAAGCUGAGAAACGUUCUGAGACUUUCCAGGAUCAACUGAAACACUUGGAAGAGGAAUUACUCUCUGUAGAUCUGAUGCAGGAUGGCUUGAAGCUUGAGAAACAAAAAUACCUGAAAUUUCUGGAACAACUUAAUGAGAAGAUGAAGCUGGAUAGCCUAGCAGCAGAAGUUGGAUUUGAUAUGAAUGUGGACACAAUUCUAGCCCGGGUAGAACAGUUAGUGAAACUGGAAGGUGAUGCAGUGAUUGAAAACAAGACUAUGGCGUAUAGCCUAAGAAGGAAGUUGAAGACUCAGAAAGAAAAACUUGAAAGCAAAGAGCUGCACAUGAACAUUCUGCGGCAGAAAAUAACCCAGUUGGAAGAGGAGAAGCAAGUAAGGACCGCCUUAGCUGUAGAGAGGGAUGAGGCCAAUCUCACUGUCAGAAAGUUACAUAAGAUGAUAGAGAAGUUACAGAAGCAGCUUGAUCUGGCAAGGGAAACGAACACUGAUCUCAAAGCCAAGCUCUCUGAAACCAAUGAACUUAAGCUGACAGAUUUCCGAGAGGUGGUCUCGCGGAUGCUGGGCCUCAACAUUGCCAGCCUGGCUCUUCCUGACUAUGAAAUCAUUACACGUCUCGAAGGGUUGAUUCACUCUCAUCAGCACCACUACUUCCCCUGUGUCUGCCUCAAAGAAAUGGCAAGGGCACCAGAGGAACACUCCCAAAGAAACAUACAGCUUCUUCACUGACACACACAAAUUUUGUUAGGAGACAGAACAAAGUAAAAUUUGCUUUGCCUCCCUACCUGCUAGAUAUGUGUAGAAAGCAGAUAUUUAUUUCUGUUCCCUAUGCUACAGACACUAAUUUGGGCUGAUUUUUAGUGUUUCGACAGGGAGACUUAGUUGAAUGGAUCAAGUAAACCCAGCAGCCUAGAGACAGCAAACAGAAAAUCCUUGGGCAGCAUAACACUGAAGUUAUAAAAAUGAUAGGUAGUAUGUGAACAAGUAUAGCCCUCCAGUUUCAUUGUAGAGGUGUUGAAGGCAUGGGACACUAGAGGUGGUCCGUUUUGGGAAGUGCUUGCUAAUAAAUGGCAGCUUCAGUGACAUUCCUUGUGCUUUAUCUUUGAGUGACAGGAAUGAAAUGAAGUGGGGGUUGUCCUGCUGCUGUUCUUUUUGCAAAAUGGGAUGUCUCUGCAUUUUUACUCAUAAGGGACUUCAUCUUCAAGACAGCUGGAAGCUAGACAGAGGACUAUCACCAUUUUGGAGCAAGAGUAUUUUGUUUUUAACUUUUUCUUCUGUUGUUUCCUUAGUCUGCUCUCAUGCCAAAACAAAAAAUUAUGUGUUUUCAGCAAAGGGUCUUUCACAGAGCCCAGUCAUGCACCUAGUGGAGAUACAUUUGGUAAAAUAGCAUGUUGUCCCUGGCCAUGAUGCCUUGAAAAGUUUUCUUCUGGCUGCUGUGUUCCUUGGGCAUUAAUCCAUACUCCAAAUAAGUGGCAGUUCUCCUGAGCUAAUGAAAAGUUAUUUUAGAAUGCUUACCUGCUACAGAAAAUAGCAGAAUUACUAAAGUCUUUAUUUUCAGAAAA